AUGAGUGACCAAAAUCCUGCCACCGUGCCUGUCACCAUCGUGGUCGAGCAUCUAGACCCCGAACUGGGCGCCUGGUCUGCCCUGGAGUAUGGCUGUAUUGCCCGAGAGUCCCAUUCAGCAGGCAGUAAAUUUCUCCUGAGCUCAGUCCCUACCUCGUUGCAAAUGCCAGACGAUCUAGCCGCCACAGAUGGCCUUGGAGUUGAGCAUCGCAGUGUCGAAGAGGUUUUUGCGGAUCGAAAAUCCAAGGUCUGCCUCUUGGAUCCCUCUGCCAAGGUUGAGCUCAGUCCCGCUGAUGGGGACAACUUUGAAGUUUUCCUCUUUGGGGGAAUAUUGGGUGAUGACCCUCCACGGGACCGUACCUCUGAACUUAGGAAAAAGGGGUAUGAAGGACGACGACUUGGACCCGUACAGAUGACAACUGAUACGGCUGUACGGGUUACGCGCAUGGUUGUCCAUGACAGAGUUCCUCUAGAGGAGAUCCCAUACAUUGACUACCCAGAAAUUGUGAUAAAUGAGCAUGAGCGGACUGAGAUGCCGUUUCGCUAUGUAAAAGACAGCGAUGGCAAGCCCAUCAUGCCCAAGGGAAUGUUAGAACUGAUAAAAAAGGAUGCUGACCAAGGUAUCGAGGGCCUUUUCUAG